CGUGCAUCCGCGGUAUGACGGACGGAUGCGUGUGUAUAUGCGACAGACGUGCGUGAUGUUACGUGUUCGUUACGUCGAGGUUACGUCGAGCUUCCCGAGUAUACUAUAUUGGUCGUCAUUAGCCUAUGCCAUUUGCCAAGAAAAAGCGGUAAAUGACCCGACCGGCGAAAGAGACAUGAGUGUCACGGACUCACGAGUAUAUCGACAAGAACGAAUCAUCAUGAAUUAACCAAGAUGCACCAAGAAAAGUACAACUGUUUAACGUUCCUUCUUUUAUUUCGCGUGUCUCAUUAAAAGUGUCAGCAUGGCACAGCGUAUAGACGGUUUGAAAUGUAUUACUGCAGAUUAAAUCUUGUUCUUUUCGCGUUUUUUCUUAAAUAAUCAAAGUAAUAAAAACAAAACGCUGAUUAAAAUAAUAAUAAUAUUGAAAAGGAAAUUUGAGAACUGCGUUGAAGUGAUCGAAACGAGGAUUUGAAUAAAAAUUCGAUAGAACUGUGAUUAUUCAUUCGUUUAUCAUUGGCCAAGUUGUUCCUCUUACAAGUACGAGCGGAAAAGAAUAUAUAAUUUUUUAGCGAGCGUCUGCGAAACUUCACCUCGGUUCCAAAGGUCUAACGGGCACAAUGCACAUACAAAAGUUUUCUGUCACGGUCUGUUUGACAUUCGCGGUAUACGAUUCGCACAUACUUAGGGCCGGUGUGUAGCGCCGUGCAACGCCGGGUGUGCAACACCGCGGGUACACACCUUUAAACAUUAAAUAUCCCGUCCCUCCUUUUGUACGCGAUAUCUCGUCCUCGGUGGGCAGCCUCAAGUACCGGGUGGUAGCGUUGUGUGUCUCUUCGGGCACUUUGCGUAACUCGACACGUGCUAACUCGGCGGCCGAAUGCGCGAAUUUUCCGAGAAACUAAUGCUUGGACAGCGCAAAUGAACGGCCAGUCGCACGUGCCAAAGUGAUGCCAAGGAAUUAGUUUAGCGGCACGGUUAAAUUGCAGACUAACGAAUGCAGUUGUCAGAAUCGCGUAUCUGAAACGGCGACGGUGAUUCGCCACGCUCUGAAAGCCGAGAAUUUCUGCACGCGAAACGUGAGCGCUAACAAAUAGUCGGCUAUUAUAAUUUGUACGGAAUAUAUUCUUUGGACGCGACGUUGGCACAGGAGUCCCAAUUUUUUUAUCCUCGCACGCUUCUCUCGCUUGCUUGAGAGAACCGGUUUCAUAUCGACCACGUUUACAUGCGCGUCUCAAAAAGGAGGCGCGACGUGAGCCGAGAAAGGAGCGUGAGGUACCUUUCGACGAAGCGCAAACACUUUAUUUGAUAUUCGGCAGCGAGAGACGAGAGGAAACGGAGAAAUCCCGAUCGCGCGAAACGGAAUCCCGGCCAGAACGGGACGGACAAUCGAAUACCUGGCAAAUAAAAUUGCAACGGUUUGCAAACGAUAUAUUGUAGUGUAUUUGAUAUGUUACGGUAUACGUGAAUCUCUUCGCAAUUCAUUCUCAUUACAUGCCUGAUAUUGUUUGUACACAAAAUUCCCACGCAAUUUCCGUAAAUUCAUGCAAUUAAAUUAAAAAAAACGUCAGAGUUUUACGUCAUGGCGGGGUUAAAUACUUGUUAUGCGCUAAUUAAAGCCUGUAUUUAAAAAGACAAUUGUCCGUUGCAAACAUAGUUGCAAACGAAACAGCAGUGCGUUUUGAUUGUGCGAUUUGGUUGCCUUAGCCAUAAAAAAAAAAUACCAAAAAAUACGCAUGUUUUCGGAUAAAUAUGGAAGGUCGAACGAUUAUCGUAAAAUCUCGCAGAAAAAGAUCAAAAGGAAAGCUGACCCUUGGAAAGCGCCGAAAAAAAGCGUCUUUGACGUGAUAAUGUCUAACGACCCGUCAACUCCGGCGCAGGCAUCGAUAUCCGCAACGAGUUUCGACGUGCUGGACGACGCGAGGUUGGAGAAGAUCAACAUGACUCCCGUAAUGGCAGAGCCGACGAAAGCCGUGGUCUCGCCGACCGUGAACACCGACGCUGACGUGAUAGAAGAAGCGGUGCCGAUCGUGCAGAAGAUACUACCCGUGCCGGAAGUGGAACCGAGAGUCGAGAAGAACGGCAUCGAGAUGAAGACGAGGAAGAAAUCGCCCGACGAGCCGAACGACGAAUGUCUGAUCAAUUGCAUUUACUUUGCACAACAGUGUUGUGAGUGCACGAUAGUUUGAGACCGUUCAACAUCUGUAGCUAGAUACAAUGUCGAAGAAACGCCGCCUUUCGCGACUACUCUCCCCAAUCAAUUUUUUCGAGAGUUUCGAGAGUCGCCGUCUCUUCGACGCAAAAUUUAGGAUCUGACAUCGUAACAAGUUCAGCACUAGGAUACUUUGUGAUACACGAAAAGUAUAUAAUAGAAAAAAAAAUUCUAUGGCGCGAUAUGUAGAAAAUUUUGUAAAUGUGUACGAAUGAAUGUGUGACGGCCCGUAAUUAUAUAUACAUAAUUUUUGAUACUCUGUCGCAAUAUUUUAAUCGAGCAGCGACCGUACGAUUAAAUGCGAUUAAAGGCGAUUGAUGAUGAAGCACAUGGGCAGCUAAUUAAUUUAUAUAUUUUUUUAGAAUGUACUUCUCUGCGGAGAAAGUUGUACUUGCAAUUUAUGCAAAUGUCCACUGCCAUUUACGUGAUAAAAAUCGCGUCGAGAGAUCGCAAAAGUCAAUUAUUAGUCCAUAAACAUUUCCUCGCAAUAUGUUAUAUAGAGCAAGUUAUAUUUGCUACACCAUUAUCAUAUGUCUUCCUAACACUCUGACAUUAACGUUAAUGUCAAUGAUGCGCACUUGACAGUAUUAAUCGCGACAAUCGUUUAGACGUUUACAUAUCUGUUUGUAAUUUACGAGCUAAGAAAACGGACCUGUAGUCAUAAGGACCUAUGUAGAAAACUUAGAUCGUGUCUCUACUUGAUAACGAAAUCAAAUAACGUCAUAUUUCUGACAUCGAUAUCAGAAUGCGUUUAUUACAUGUGAAGAAUAACUUGAGAAGUUUUUGUUUCUUUAAUGGUUUGAGUAAUUUCUAUAACGCAGCUAAUGAUUAAAUCGAAUUUUACAAUCUCUUCGUAUUUAUUUAAUGUAUUUCUAUUACCCGAUAAUGUAUAAAAUAACAGUAUGUUACGAUUUCUCAAAGUAUUACUACACGUGGAUAAAAUUAUCAAAAACACAGCUUGUAGGUGAUGAAAUAUUUUUUGAUCAGCGUUUUUAUGCUCUAUCAUAAUUCUAUAAAAAUUACGAUUUAAUCAUUACCACGCCAUUCCAAUGACAUAGAAAUCUUAAAGACAUUUCCAAAUAUAUUUCAUAUAAUUAUUAUAUAAGUAUUUAUAUUUUGAUAAUAAUCGGAGACUGCAAGUAUAAUGCGUAAUUUAUUCAAAUUUAUUCAUAAUAGAUGAGGACUAGAUUAGUUUUGUAAUAUU